AAAAAAAAAAAAAAAAACUUUUUGGUUGCUUAGUGUGCAACAGAUAUUAUUAUUAUCUCCAUCUAGGGGUGGCUUUCAAUUUUUUUUUUAUUAUUACAGUUAAAGUGGGGUUAAAAAAAAAUAGAAUUGCAUUUUUCUGUUUACAUAAUUACUAAAAAGAAGACGAAUGAUACCUUCUUCGUCCCCUAUUCUUCCUCCCCCUCUUACUGACAAAAAAAAAUCAUGCUUAUAUCCACUAUCAGCAACAAGACCUGCUUUUCUUCAAGCACCAUAUAUCGUCUUUUCUUCGAAAUCCUUUAAACAAAAAAGGAAGAAAGCAAAAGAAGUAACUUCAGUGGGUGGAACAACUGCCAUCGCAAGAACAUUAAUGAUGCAAAGUUUAUAUUUAUUCUAUAGAACACCAGUAAAGCUUUUUAGACCUUUAAGAGUUGAUUACCUGAUCAUGGCAAGAGCACUCAUGCCUCCCAUGAACGAAAUGACUUCAAAAAGAUUUUCAUUUAGAUAUACUUCUAUUGGUAUGAUCACUAAUGCCGUUAAAACAAAAGGGUGGAAUUUUAUACCUCGACAUAUACUCCCACCUUUAAUAGCAAAUACACUUAUUGGAACUGUUCUUUAUACCACCUAUAUUGCAACUUUACCUCUAUUUCAUCCUCCAAGUGCUUUACAACUUCAUAGACCAUUCCCACCACCUCCUUUCACUUCUGUAUUUAUUGCUGGGUGUCUUGCUGGUGCAGCGCAAUCCAUUAUUGCCACCCCACUUGAUUCUUUAAAAGUUCGUUUUGAAGUAAGCGAUUUAUUGGAAGGAAAACAUAAAUCGAUGUAUCAAUUUGCGAAAUCUACUUUAAAGAAUUUGGGUAUUGCAAGUGCAUAUCGAGGAUUUACUUUAACCUUAGUCAGAGAUUCUCUGGCUUGCGGAUUAUUUUUUGCUACCUUUGAAUGGGUAAAACAGCAAGGAUAUUAUUAUUUUUUGGAUGAAAUGUAUGGAGUACAAGUGGAUUCAAGUAGAACUUUAAAUGAAAUUGAAAAUGGUUGGAUAAAUGAAGAAGAAGAAGAAGAGGAUCAAGUCAUGCAUGGAAAAGAUAAAAAGAGGCCACCUUUGAUGCUAGAGCCUUUAUUUGUUAUUUUUGCUGGUGCGACUGCUGCAAUAGCGUAUCAAAUUAUUGAACAUCCUUUAUCAAAAAUACAUAGUAUAUUCUAUAUUGAAGAAGGUCAAUCUGAAUUUACAAACAAGACUGUUCGAGAACCCGUCAAAAACUUAUAUAAACGAACUUGGGAACAAUGUAAAACACAAGUCAAGUUAAAUGGAGGUAGUUGGAGAAGAUUUUUAUAUCAUGAAUUUACAGGUACGAUUGUUAGAGUUGUGCCUGCCACAAGUGUGGGUUUCCUAGUGUUUGAACUUGUAAAACGUGAAGUUGAUUUUAGGAGUAUAAGUUUUGAUGAUUAUACUUUGUAAUUUAUUUAUUUUUUUUUUUAUUUUUUUUUUU